AUGAGCUCUCAAAAAACUACUAGAGAUCACAAGAAUAUUAACUACUGUGCAAAAGAUGGUGUCAACAAUGGGUCAAUUUUGAUAGACAUUGUUAUCGAGUGGAUUACAGAAGACAAUAAUUUCAGUCAUUGGAAAGGAGGGGAAACAAAAGACACAAUAAAGGAGACACUUUGUUCUGAAAUAAGAGAGAUCAUGAUUAAGCAUGGCAUCACACAUCAAAGCAAUCAAGAUAUCUGUGGCAAGCUCCAGUACCUCCAAAAUAAAUACAAUGAUAUAUACAAGUUCAUUAACCAGACUGGAGAUCAUUAUAAAAAGAUUCAGAUACUAUUAUAUUCUGGAGCUAGUAAUGGGCAAAAGACUAUUGAUAUUGGUAAGAAAUCAUCAUUGUCCAACUCUACACAGCAACCAACAGCAACAACUUCGGAAUCACAUAGGCCAUCAAAGCGAGCUCAAUAUAAUAUAGAUAGCAGUAUUUGCGAGGUGGUAAAAAACUAUGCUGAUAUAAACAACAGACACAUGGAGCUGUUGGAAAAACAGCAUGAGUCUACAGAGAGGCACAGAAAAGCAAAGGAUGAAGAGCAGAGAUGGGCAAACAUAGAAAAUGAGAGGAUUCAGAACAGAAAGCUGGAUAUUGAGCAGAAGCAAGUUGAUUAA